UCAUUAGUAUUGUUGAUCAAGACCCAACAACUGAUGACCUAUGAAAUGGGUUUAAUUAAGCAUAGUGUGUACUUAAAGAUGCUUGUAGUUGGAUCAUUUGAAUCUGUCAAAAGUCAAGCUAGUUACAUAAAUCCGAAGAUCAUUUGAUGCUAAAAAUUGUAGCUUUGCAGAGCAGUUUUCAAUAUAACAGUUUAGUGUGAUUUCAUUACUAGAAUAAGCAGAAUGUGGCUUUUUGGAUGGAAAGGGCCGUCUGGGUUCUCAGCCUCUUCUACAGCAGAGGAAGUUACACAAGGGAUUGAUGGAACUGGUCUUACUGCCAUUGUUACAGGAGCAUCAAGUGGCAUUGGUGCGGAGACAACGCGUGUCCUUGCACUGCGUGGUGUCCAUGUAGUUAUGGCAGUGCGGAAUCUGGAUGCUGGUAGGAAUGGCAAAGAAGCAAUGCUCAAGGAAAUCCCCAAAGCUAAGAUUGAUGUUAUGGAGUUAGACCUAAGCUCAAUGGCAUCAGUGAGGAAUUUCGCAUCUCAAUAUACUUCCUUGGGUCUUCCUUUGAACAUUCUCAUUAAUAAUGCAGGGGUUCUGUCAUCUCCUUCCAAGCUUUCUCAAGAUAACAUUGAGCUGUUAUUUGCAACCAACCAUAUAGGUCAUUUUCUGUUGACAAACCUUUUAUUGGAGAUCAUGAAAAACACAGCACAAAAAAGCAAGCAAGAAGGAAGGAUCAUUAAUGUAUCAUCAGUAGGUCACCGUAUUGUGAGUCGUGAAGGGAUUUGUUUCGAUAAAAUCUAUAACGAGGCGAGGUAUAUUAGUUGGUUUUCUUAUGGACAAUCAAAGCUUGCUAACAUAUUGCACGCCAGUGAGCUUGCAAGGCGGCUGAAGGAAGAAGGGGAAGAGAUAACUGCUAAUUCACUACAUCCCGGAGCAAUCCAUACCAAUCUUCUGCGUCACCAGGGUUUUGUUAAUGCUAUUUUCAGCUUGUUCGGUAAAUACAUGACAAAAAAUGUUCAGCAGGGAGCAGCAACUACAUGCUACAUUGCAUUGCAUCCACAAGUUAAAGGGAUGAGUGGAAACUAUUUUAUGGACAGUAACAUAGCAGAACCAAGCUCUCAGGCCAAAGAUACAGAAUUGGCCAAAAAGCUCUGGGAUUUCAGCUUGAUCAUCACUGACACAAAAUAGUCAGGAUUCUUUCAUAGUUUUUUUGGCAGUAAAUGAAGUUGUACUCUUGUGGACAUUCAAUGUCCAUUGAACAAUUAUUUUUUUUAAGUAGAUGAAAGAAUUUGCUUGGUUUGAUGCUAUAAAAGAUAUACAAAACUGGCUCAAAAACACAUCCCCGUUCAAGUCAUGA